AUGGUAAAGAAAGUGUUACUUAUCAAUGGUCCCAACUUGAACUUGUUGGGAACAAGAGAGCCAGAGAAAUACGGAACUACUUCACUUAAAGAUAUAGAACAAGCCGCUAGAGAACAAGUGGAUUCCAAAAAUGACGGUAGCGAACUCCAAUGUUAUCAGAAUAAUACCGAGGGUUUCAUUGUUGAUAGAAUACAUCAAGCAAAAUUAGAUGGCGUUGGCUUUAUCGUGAUCAAUGCUGGGGCCUAUACCCAUACAUCUGUUGCCAUAAGAGAUGCUUUAUUGGGGACAGCCAUUCCGUUUAUUGAGGUUCAUAUCACUAAUGUCCAUCAACGAGAACCCUUUAGACAUCAUUCUUAUUUAAGUGAUAAGGCAGUGGCUGUGAUUGCUGGUUUGGGAGUCUAUGGAUACACCGCUUCCAUCGAAUACGCCUUAAAUUAUUAA